GUGCGUGCGGAGAAACCAAUGAUGGCUCAUAGGAAAAUUCAGUGAAAACAAAAGAGCAAGUGAUAAUAUAUAUAAUGCAUUUAUAACGUGCAAAUGACAGUCAGAGAGGCGAAUCCACACCCAAGACGCACGGUGACGCUGAAGCCAACAAUUCUAGAGGAAUAACAACAAUGGAAAAGGCAAAAACAAACGGUUAUGCGGCAUCAAGUUCCGUUCCCAGAUUUUCAAAAUAUACGCGCUACACGGAAUUGCGACGGGUCGACGACAACGACAUCUACAAAUUGGCCACAUUACUCGAUUUGCAGGAUUGCUGGAAGAAACUAAUGCAGAUUAUACCCAAAAAACUAGACGCGGAGGCCUGCAGCUCAGGGGAUCGGAAUUUGAAGGAAAUCGCUGGCAUGGUCGGCUAUAAGUACAACAACGGUCAUAUGCGUCAGAUUGCCGAACAGCAAUUAAUGCCCGGCCAAAGUAAAUCACAGAUUAUGAUCGAUGAGUGGAAAACGUCGGGUAAAUCAAACGAGCGUCCAACCGUGGGAGUUCUGCUACAGUUGCUGAUUCAAGCCGAAAUCUAUAGUGCCGCCGAUCAUGUGGCUGAAAAGUUUCUAAACGAGGCACGACCGGCUCGCCCAGCUGUUGGGCCUGCAGCGCCCAUCAAGUUCGACAUGGAUAGUGCAGAGAUUGUGGAGCAGAGUGAACGCAUGGAAGUGGAGGACAAUGGCAGUUUUCAGCCAAAUACAUCCGAAUUGAAUGCAGGCGCUGCCGGUACCUCGAAAAUGAACAUGGAUUUCUAUGAGAAACAUCCGGUUAGACGUGAUAAAAGCAUGCCACAUCAGUUGGAAAAUGGUGGUGCUGCCAAACCCGUGCCACCACCGAGAACUGGGCGAUCGGCACGCCUGUCAAAAUCAACGACUAACAACGAAACAGCCAGCACAACAAAUUCUAUGGCAACUACGCCCGAUUUGCCUAUGCUAUCAAUUUUCAAUCCAAGCAGCGAUAAACUGACGACCUCUACCGAUCAAAUUCAGCCGGAGGAUGUGCCGCAGCUCUCUCUACUCAAUGGCAGGUCAGAGAGCACGCAAACUACAUCUCCGAAUACUGGAAGAACCAACGGCAGCAAUGGCAGCCAUGUAGCAACAAAUAUUAGAGAUAUGCCAUUGAUAACGCUAUUAAUGGAAAGUUCAAGUUGCGAGAUAAGCAGCACAACAGAAGUCACAGCAUCAGCAUCAGCAACAUCCACAUCAACAUCCACAACCACAUCAACGAACUCAACAGCUACAGAAGCAAUGAUAAUGCGAGAAAACAACGCAACAAGUUGCAAUAAUUUGCCAAUUAUAAGUGCGUUGUAUUUGAACAGUGCCAUUGAGGCAGCUAGCAAUGGUGUUGCUGCUGUGCCACACGAUGAUAACAGCAGUGGCACAAACAGCCUAAGUAACGAUGAUGUCGAUGUCGAUGUGGAUGACGAAGAGGCGGAUGUGUCAUUGCCAAACUUGAGCAAUUCCGAUCAUCAAACUUCUAACAAUGAUUCGAGCUUGACCACAGUUACUGGAACCAGCGGGGAAAAUAGUUUUGAGCUUACCAAUGAUUCCAGUUUAGCUUCAAAUGAUGAGGAUAUCAACAACAUUCCGGAUCUAAGUGAAUUGCAGCAGUAAAGUGACCCCACCCCGUCCAUGAUAAGCACUAGUUUACUUUCUGCAAUCCACAUUAAUUACAAACAUUCCAUUAAGCAUUACUUGAUAUAACAAUCACAUGUGGUUUGUUAUAUUAUUGACUAUAUAUACAAUACAUAUAUAUAUG